UGACAGCUGUCUGCAGCAGUUGACAACCAAACAAUGGCAGAGAUCGAAUGGCCCUGGCAAUACAGUUUCCCGCCGUUUUUUACGCUUCAACCUCACGCAGAUACUAGAGCUAAGCAGAUAGCAGCUUGGAAAAGUCUGGUGCUCGAAUACUAUCGUAUCACGAAGCAGGCGGUCGUAGACGUGCGCGAGAUUCACACAAAUCCUUUAUUUAAUAAUACCAGCAUAAACAGAAAAUUACCGUCUGAGGCUGUGCUAGUGAUAUUAGAAGAAUUAGGAAAAUCAGGAAAUGCAUCCCCACUAGAUAAGACAAAGCAAAGAUGGUUGGUUUAUUGGCACACUUUAGAAGAAUGGGGCGAUAUAAUAUAUAAUUGGGCACAGGAGAGUGGCUUCACUGAUUCAGUAUGUACAUUUUACGAACUGACACACGGGGAGGACACAACUGAACAAGAAUUUUACGGUCUGGAUACAGAAGUGUUAAUCAGAUCGCUGAAAACAUUAGAAGUUGCAAGAAAAGUAGAGCUAAUCUCAUUCGACGAUAAUCAGGGUGUCAAAUUUUUCUAACGCUUGGAAAGUUU